AGAUCUGCUCCAACUAUGUAUUAGACGCUCUCUGUUGUCGCUCAGCGCGAAAAACUUUCAGUGAAAAUAAUUGAAUUCGCCUGAUUAUAAUCUUUAGAUCGGCUUAUAUAAAUACGUAUGUAUAUACUUUACCAAGUCACUCCGUGUCGAAAAGUGUAUCGCAAUAAUAACAUAAAUAUUACGUCGAUAUCAACUUGCCUUAGCCAUAAAAAAAUUGUGAAAUUGUAUCAAAUGGUUUCUUUAGCGCCAAGAAUUAAACUUAGCAAUGGUCAGCAGAUUCCAGCAAUCGGUCUCGGCACUUGGCGAUCGCAUGAAUCAGAUGCAGAGCGUUCGGUAAAAGAUGCGAUAGAUUUAGGUUACAGACAUAUCGACACAGCAUUCGUAUAUGAAAAUGAAAAGGAAGUUGGAAGUGCUAUCAAUUCAAAGAUUGCUGAAGGUAUCGUUAAUCGUGAAGACAUAUUUGUUGUCACAAAAUUGGGUGGCAUUCAUCACGAUCCACAAUUAGUGGAGCAUGCUUGUCGCAAAAGUCUCUCCAAUCUGGGAUUAAGCUACAUCGAUUUAUAUCUGAUGCACUUUCCUGUAGGUCAAAUUCACAAAGGUGACGAUAAUGUACACGGAACAUUAGAACUCUCCGAUGUAGACUACCUGGAUACUUGGCGAGCUAUGGAGAAGUUAGUGGAUUUGGGCUUAGUAAUCGGAAUUGGUCUUUCUAACUUCAAUAAGCAACAAACACAGCGCAUAUUACAAGAGUGUCGCAUACGUCCUUUAGUCAACCAGGUGGAGUGCCACCCAGGCUUUAAUCAAAAAAAACUAAUUGCGUUUUCAAAACAAUGUGAUAUUGUUAUCACAGCGUAUUGCCCUUUAGCACGGCCCAAGCCAGAUCAACAGUGGCCACCAUUCCUUUACGAUAGUACUGCAAAGGAUUUAUCUAAAAAAUAUGGAAAAACACCAGCACAAAUAUGUUUACGUUAUCUGGUACAAUUGGGCGCUAUACCGAUUCCAAAAUCGGUUUCCAAGAGUCGCAUAGCGGAAAAUUUUGCAAUUUUCGAUUUUGAAAUAAAAAACGAUGAUAUGAAAAUAAUUGAUGACUACAAUACCGGUCAGCGAUUGAUACCUUUUUCUGGUAUGAGUCACCACAAGUAUUUUCCAUUCAAUUCCAACGACGAGUAGCAAUUUAUAUAUUAUUAUAUAUGUAUAUAUGUUUGUAU